AUGGUGGACGUAUUUGCGGAUUUGAGCAGUUUCUCUUUUGAAGCCGGGCUGUCUGAGGAGGAGAAAGAGUUAAUUCAACUGCGCGCACGCUCGGCUGGACUCACCGUCUGCGGGUGCGCGCACGCAGUUUUCCUGUGUAAACUCGUGCGGUCACUGAGAUGUCUCAUCAGAAGUCACGCUGCAAACGGAGGCUCGUCAGGGGAAGACAGCGACCCCUGCAUUGGGAUACUUGGGAUGGGUCACAUUGGCAAACAGUUGCUCCUCUCCCUCCUUGAAAAGUCUGGCAUCAAACCAUCACACAUUAAGAUCUCCAGUAGAAGACCAGAAUCCGCAGUGGAAUUUAUCCAGAAAGGAGUUGAAUGUUUCUUCGACAAUCGCAGGCUGGCAGCCUGGGCAGACGUCCUCUUCCUCUGCUGUCUGCCCUCUCACCUGCCCAGAAUCUGUGCUGAUCUCUACUCUCGCCUGCCAAAGCGCUGCCUCGUGUACAGCUUCACCUCCGCUGUGCCUGUCAACAGACUAGCACAGCUUCUUGGACACGACUUCAUUCUCAAACCACAGUAUGACUUCGUGGCCCGCGACCCUGCAGAUGUGUGGCUGCGCUGCGCUCGUCCGACCGCAGCUUUGAAUGAUCCUGUGCUGAUGGAGGCAUCGUGUCCUCUCACAAUGAGCGGUGGCAUUUCUCUGGGUCUGAACUGGGUGUGUGCAGUGUUGUACAGCCUGCUAAACAUCUGCACCUCUGCCAGGCUGGGAUCCGGUGAUGCUCUCUCUCUGAUCAACAGUGUCCUCAAGGAGAAAUGGCCCCACAGUGAGGAAUUAAACACACAGAGUUUCAUCAGUGCAUCUUAUGCAUCUUCCCUUCUCACAGAGGAGCCUUUUCCCUGGAUUUCACUCCCUGAUGCCCAGACCAAGGAGACACCACUGCUGUGCUUUCUGUCAAGCAGCAAAUCUAUGCAACAGAGCAUCUCUGCAGCAUACAAAUCACUGCUAGAGACACCAGCAAAACCUGACGCUCACUCUCUAAUGUAAAACUUGAGAGAGAGAAAACUUGAUGGCCAGCAGAGCUUGUGUU